GGGUUCAGUUCGAACGAGGGUUCGGAAGCGUGACGUAUUCCGUCACAAAGAUGGAUAACAUGGUGAAAUGUCCAUGAAAUGUCAGAUGUGAUUCACGUCAUUUUUUUUUUUGUUUAGAGAGAAUGUAAUUCAGAACCCUCACUACUAUACAAUCAGUGAAUUAUCAACAAAAGUAAUCAGAACCUUAUCAGUUAUGUGAUAAUAUAUAAUCAAAACUGAAAUUUGUGUGCAUUAAAGUCGGAGACCCUUCACAUCUCCUAAACGCGUGUAUGUUUGAUACUUUCACUUAGUGAAUCAUAUUCUAUUUUAAAUACCUUACAACACUCACCGUCAUUCGGUUCUAUUCGAUUAAUAUUUUUAAAAUAUACUUCUGGAGCUGAUCAUAAACAUAACCUGACAACUGCUGACAACUACAUCUUUUCUAUUACUAAACAGCUGGACUAAUAAUUCCUUCGCUAUCCAAAAGCCAUGUAGUUGAAAUUGCAUGGUGAGCUGAAAGAAGACGCAUUUAAAAAUAAAAAUUGGAAGUGUGAAUCCUUUUGCAAAACAAUUUAAUUAACAAAAACAGUGGAAUAUAUAAAAAUAUCUGUAUAGCAUUUAGUCAUGAAACUUAUUUUGGUAUAUUAAAAGCAAAAAUGGAAUCAAGGGAAAGAAAUGAAAAUAUCACCGACGUGCCUGACCAUAAUGUUGAAUGGUCAAGAUUUGGUCUUAACAAUGGAGGAAGUCGAAGACCUGGUCGCAGGGAUAACGAGGGUUAUGAAGAAUUUGGCCCUGAAAUGUACCAGUCAACAGGAGCAAACGAACUAUUUGCUCAAGAACAUAAUUCAGAUCCUUGGUGGAAAUCCAAUUUCUUCAUAUCACAGCCAGUGCUGUUCGGAACCUGGGAUGGAGUUUUUACUUCCUGUCUAAUAAAUAUUUUUGGGGUCAUUGUAUUUUUGAGAUCUGGUUGGAUUGUAGGGCAAGCAGGGAUUUUGAAUGCUGUACUCAUCAUUUUGUUUACUGUAUGCGUUGUACUUGUGACUGUUCUAUCUGCUGUUGGGAUCUGUGAAAGAUGUCGUGUAGAGAGUGGAGGAGUCUACUUUUUACUAUCCCACGUCUUAGGAUCGCGAUUUGGUGGAUCUAUUGGAUUAUUGUACUGUUUUGGACAGGCUGUUGGAUGCGCCUUGAACGUUUUGGGAUUUGGUGAAUCAAUGGCCGGUCUAGUGAGACUUGAAUCUACUUGGGCACAAAGGGGCUUUGCUGGUGCCGCUGUUAUACUUUUGUCUGCAAUUAAUCUAGCUGGUGUUAAAUGGGUCAUCAAGUUGCAAUUUAUUCUAUUGCUGAUCCUUUUAUUGGCAGGAUUGGAUUUUAUGGUGGGCAGCUUUGUACAUGAUAACAUUGAUGCCGGUUUUGAGGGUUGGUUAUCAGGAAACCUUGAAAAAAAUAUUUUUUCUAAUUAUGAAGAUGGUUAUAGUUGGUUCACAGUUUUUGGUGUAUUUUUUCCCACCGUUACUGGUGUUUUGGCUGGAAUAAAUAUGAGUGGCGACUUGCGACAUCCGUCUAAAGAUAUACCUAAUGGCACUCUAUCAGCAUUGGGGACUGGAACAUUUCUCUACCUCUGUUUCUCAUUAUUUCUCGCUGCCACUUGUACUAGAGAAGCCUUGCUCAACAAUUUCAUGAUUGCCUCUAAAGUAUCAAUAAUACCAGUUUUGCUUCUGGCUGGAUUGUACGUUUCUUCAUUUAGUAGCUGCCUAGGUGCCAUGUAUGGUACACCAAGAGUACUGCAAUCAAUCGCGAGCCAAAAUGUUAUCCCAGGAAUCAACUGUCUGCAAAGAGGAAAAGGACCAAACAAAGUUCCCGUGUACGCAAUGGUCGUAGUAGCAAUUGUAACAUGUGCGUUUAUAGUGACCGGACAAAUUAAUACUUUGGCACCAAUUGUGACGAUGCCUUUCUUAUUGACGUACGCAUGCAUGGAUUAUGCUUACUUUGCACUUGCCCAGACAUUUGACUUGCAGCAUAUAAGAGAGCAGAGAUUUCGUACUCAAACACCUACUUUUGAUCGUGGCUAUGGUGCAGCAAGUCAGGACGAAUCUACAGAUAUCAAUAAUGAUUUGGACAGUCUGUUUCCUGAGAGAAUAAGACAUAAAAAUAUAGCUCGAAACCCAAGUGUCUCGGAAAGCACAAGCCAGGUGUCAUCGCCAACAGCUGAAGAAAUGGUAAAUGUGACAUUGAGACCACAUAUUCACAACAAAUUGGGAAAUUGGUACAGUCCUCUGUGUAAUAGAUGGGCUUCCCUAGUUGGGGCUCUCAUAAAAUUGGGGAUCAUGUUCUUGGUUCACUGGGGGUACGCCAUAGCAAAUAUAGUUGUCGUAUUUCUUGUAUGGAGUUACGUUGGUCAUGCCAAUCCUGCUGUGAAACCGGGAAUAUCAGCUGAGUUCAAAUUUUUCAAGUGGCUCAAGACUGCAAUACUUAGGCUGAUGGGGAAAAGAGUAUCCGAUUACGAACAAAUUGUGGUCACACCGAAUCAUCCUGGUGUACAAACAUCAUCCUCACAACUUAAUGAAGAAAAUGAAGAUUUUGCUGGAAGACGGAGAUAUCAUCAAACAGCGACUGUGACAGGCCAUUAUGUCAACAUGGAAUAGGAAAAUGCAACCUUAACGGCAGUUAUCUUACAGUAUUGAGUACUUGCAUUAACUUUUAAUCUACUCUAAUCCAGAAACAAUGAUUCAGUCGUGCAUUUAUGUCAUAAGAAGAUUUGGUAAAAUACUCAUCCGUAAUGUGUUGAUUUGUGACAACGAUUUAGUAAUCAACGAAUGAAAAUGGCAGCUAAUCGUGAGCGGUUGACUCAGGCGUCAAAAAAGAAUUCGUGUAAGUAUUUUAAUGAUAAACAUUACUGGCAUAAUGAUUUCGUAAAAUAAUCGACUUAUCACCUGCGCUUAGUUGAUAGAGUAAAGGUUUAGUCAUAAAGAAUAGUUCGAGCAUAUUUCUAUAUGUUUUCAACUAUCUGGUGAUAGUAGUAGUUGAGACAUAUUUAUACCGUACAUAAUACUGCCAAAGCUGUUAUACAAAGAAGAUACGUAUGGAUCAUCAGUUGGGUCGAGGCGAUAGUGGGAGAACCAAUUAAUAAUUCAUUUUACAAUUUGAUCGAUCAAACCGUAUUUUCCGAACUCAACUUGAAGUAGAUUUUGAUAAUCAUUUUCUACCUAAAUUUAGGUAUUUAUGAAAACUAUAUGGGAUGAUGGAUAGUAACACUCAACGCACAAUAUAAGAAAGUGUAAAGAACGAUAAACAUGUAUUUAUUCGACGUACAACGGAAGCUUUUGCUUUCAAUUUUUAAUUUACUUAAUAGGGGCCAAUUUGAUUAUGCAUUAAUUUUUUAAUUUCAUUACGUCGGUGGAUUGAACCGGCGUUUAUUUCAACAUAACAGCCUGAAAAAAAACGAACAAAAGGUAAAUACGAAGAAUUGAAUUAUUCAUAUCACGAUAAAUGCGGUUGUGUGAAUGUAUAUUUUUUUAACGAAAAGUUUGGGCUAGCUUUGAUAAUACGUAAUAUAAACUAAUUAUUUUCCAUAUAUUUAAUAUCAGAGUGAAAUUCCAUAUCUAUACAUUAUGGAGUAUAAUAUUUAUAAUAAUGUAUGUAUUUAUUGCUCUGUAAAUAAAUUCUAAUUUAUUUCUAA